AUGGCCACUUAUCAGCGGAACUCUCAGCCUGAGGACAACAGCCGCCAGCCAGGUGCAUCAGGCUACUACCCCCUGGAGGUGACAGAGCUGGACACUGUAGCCUGGUUUCUUUACUCAGCCCCUCGGGUAGAUCCCAACCCACUGCCUCAGUCUCCUGGCCAGAAAAGGAAGAGGGAGUGGUCAUCCCAUUCCGAGAAUCAGGACUUGGAGGAGGAGCUGCUGGUCCCUGAGCCUAAGGACAUCUGGGCCGUGGAGUCGCUGCAUGGGCUGAAGAUGAGACUGAAGAAGCAGCGAGUGUCGUCAGUGCUUCCCGAGCACCACGAGGUCUUCACCAGGCUGCUUGAGGAUCCUGUCAUUAGAAACUUCCUGGCCUGGGACAAAAAUCUAAGAGUAUCUGACAAAUAUCUCCUCUCUAUGGUGAUAGCCUACUUUAGCCGGGCUGGCCUCUUCUCCUGGCAAUACCAACGCAUUCAUUUCUUCAUAGCGCUCUACCUGGCCAAUGACAUCGAGGAGGAUAACCAGGCCCCCAAGAAAGCCAUUUUGUCAUUUCUGUAUGGGAAGAGCCGCUCCCAGCGUCCUCUGUUCCACAAGCUGCGCUACCAGUUCAUCCAAUCCAUGGGCUGGAGGGCUAGAGUUUCCCGGGAAGAGUGUGAAGAGAUCCAGGCUUAUGAUCCCAACCUCUGGGUGUGGGGGCGAGAUCGCACCCUCAUUCCCUACAGCUCCGGAGACCGUGGAGGCCCAAGGUCAUCGACCUGA